AUGUUUACUUGGAUGAGCCGUGCGAAUUUCAACGAGGAUCCCGAUAAUUCCGCGUGCAAAGCCGCCAUGAAACUGCUAAGAAGACAGCAGUUUAUUGAUGAAGAUGAAGAUGAAGAAACAAUAGGAAUACCUGUUUCUCCAGCAAAUUCUGAUCAAUUGCUUGGCCAUACACCAUCAACACCUGGUAACAUAACCCCGGAUGAAGCUUUUCAUGAUCCUUUACGGUACCAGAAAUUUCCACUCCCUGGAGGUAAACCUUUAAAUAUUAGACGGGGUCCAGGUAGACCUAGAAAAGAACGUCCACCUGGAAUUACACGUGGUGGUGGUACUCGUAGACCUUUUGGAAGAGGAACUACUAGGGGAAAAGGUCUCGGAUAUACAAGAGGUGUACCGCGCCGUACUAAAAGUAAAGAUGACGACACGCAUUCAGAGUCCCCGAGUCCUCUUCGUCACGGUGAAGAUGCUACUGCUGCGGACGGAGAGUCAUCCAACACCGAGCGAUGUAUGCCAGCACCAGAAGAGCCACCAUACUUUCCAGAACAAUGGCCAGGGAAAGUGUGUGCUCUGUGUAAUUUGGGUGAACGAAGUCAACUUGGUCAGGGUGAACUGUUAAGAUUUACCUGCCCUGAAGGUUUUACGCCUGAAAAGUCCACCAAUCGCGACGAUACAACUGAUCAUCUUGUUGAUAUAUCUACUGGAGACAAAAGUCCACGUACAGCAGGUCCUGGUGCUGUGACUUGCCGCCGGCAAAAGAGUCUAGCUAAGUGCAGGAAUACUAGUCUAACAAAUUUUACGGAACCAGUGGAGGAAUUAACAAUAGUUGGGUAUUCAGAAGAACCCGAAAUAGGAACAUUAUUUGAAUCGACUGGGCACUAUUAUGUUCAUCAAUCAUGUGCAAUAUGGUCGAGCAGUACCCAAGAUUUAACAACAGAAGCGUUAAGCCCGGCAGUAGUACAGGCUUCGUCGAGGCGCUGUGCUUAUUGUUCCCAUUAUGGAGCUGGAAUUCCUUGCAAAGUGGCAUCGUGCAAUCGUUAUUUUCAUUUACCAUGCGCUGCAGCUUCAAGUUGUUUCCAGGAUACAAAGAGCUUGUCCCUUUUUUGCAGUCAACAUUUGGGACAAGUUCCACUUUUGUUGAACGGUGAUGUUACUUGUAUGCAGUGCCGUGGAAUGGGGGAUGUUUCCAACCUAGUAAUGUGUUCUAUCUGCGGCCAACAUUACCAUGGCAGUUGUGUCGGUUUAGCACUACUGCCUGGUGUACGGGCUGGUUGGCAGUGUGUAAAUUGCAGAGUAUGUCAAGUGUGUCGUCAACCAGAAGAUGUUUCGAAAGUAAUGUUGUGUGAACGUUGUGAAAAAGCGUAUCAUCCUAGUUGUUUACGACCAAUUGUUACAUCUAUACCUAAAUAUGGUUGGAAGUGUAAGUGCUGCCGUGUAUGUACAGACUGUGGUUCGCGUACACCAGGCGCCGGUCUUUCAUCACGGUGGCAUUCUCAUUACACCGUAUGUGAUUCGUGUUACCAACAAAGGAACAAAGGUUUCUCGUGUCCUCUAUGUAGAAAGGCUUAUCGGGCUGCCGCGUAUAGAGAAAUGGUUCAAUGUAGUGCAUGUAAAAAGUUUGUUCAUGGUACCUGUGACCCUGAGGCUGAUCCGUUAACAUACCAGCAUCGUAAGGAAGCUAAACCUGACUAUGAAUAUGUUUGUCUUCACUGCAAAAAUAUGGCGCUUGUAAAAAGGAAAGAUAAUAUUGAUGAUUACGGUGGAGAUUUAAGUUUAAGCGCGUCGCAAGACAGUCUGUAUGGUGAUGGAGAUUCAUCUGAAUUCGAUUAUCAAGGUGGAUCAGAAGAAGCACUGUAUUCUAUAGGUCUUGGAAAAGGAAAACCAUUCUGUGCAUCGAAGAUCGCAAAGAAGAGAUUAGGACUCGGGAGUGGAUUAAUUGGCAGACCGAAAGGAAUUGGUAAGCUUGGAUACCAGAAGCGACAAAAGAUGACAGAAUUUGGGAGGAAAAGAGGCCCCAAAGCGAAAAUGAGAGGUAUCUUUGGAGUACCUGGUGUAGGAUUACAGAGACCAAUGUCAGACUCAUUUUCGAAGGAAGAUGAACCAGGCAUUGAAAAUAGACUUGUAUUAUGUUCCGCAAAGGAUAAGUUUGUAUUGACUCAAGAUAUUUGCGUCAUGUGCGGUGCAAUUGGCACUGACCAAGAGGGGUGUUUAAUUGCUUGCGCACAAUGUGGUCAAUGCUAUCACCCUUAUUGCGCUAAUGUCAAAGUUACUAAAGUAAUAUUACAAAAGGGUUGGCGGUGCCUUGAUUGUACAGUAUGCGAAGGUUGUGGCGAACGCAAUGACGAGGGUCGUUUGAUUUUAUGUGACGAUUGUGAUAUCAGUUAUCAUAUUUACUGCAUGGAUCCGCCGUUGGAUUACGUACCGCACGGCACUUGGAAGUGCAAAUGGUGUGCACACUGUCAGACGUGCGGUUCAAAUGAUCCAGGAUUUAAUAGCAGCUGGCAGAAGAAUUACACGCAGUGUGGCCCUUGUGCGUCUUAUACUGCCUGCAUAUCUUGUCAGGAGGCGUACAGUGAAGGGGACCUAAUUAUACAAUGCAUCCAAUGCGAAAGGUGGUUGCAUUGUGCGUGUGACACGAUCAAGAGCGAGGCAGAAGCAGAGAAAUGCGCAGAAGAAGGUUAUAUUUGUAUACUUUGUCGUCCAAGAGAUGUUCCGCCGCCACACCUUCUAUGCAGUCAACCUAAACCACAACCAAACAAAUAUCCCCGUUCGCCUCCGCCAACAUCACGCAGUCCAGAAUUGUAUAAACCGUCCCCUCAACAGUACUUGAUCGAUGGUGUUUACUUAUCCGAAGCCGGAAUGAAUCACAUAAAAUCAUUGACGUCCGAACAUCAACAGACGAGAAAGAAACGAAGAAAAAUGCAUCCAUUAAUAGACAAGGAAGCGGACAUAAUGGCCACCAUAGAAUCUGUAGUUGCUGGUGGCAGUUUAGAUAAUUCUUUAGAAGAAAAUGGAGCAAAAUUAGAUUUAGGAGAUGUAAAGGACGAACCCACCGAAGUACUCAAAGAGGGCAUGGUAUGGACGCCGCGUGGCGACCAGCCACCGCCCGAAGGUUUUAGUAUUUAUACAACUGAAAAUGGCAUACCAAUUUUAAGACGCAAACGCCAGCGUAACUUGCAAAAGUUAGGUAUUGGAGGUUUUAUUGUGAGACUAAGGGGCACUCGCAAGGACAAAGAGGAAGACGGCGAUACUGAGAAACCAUCCGACUCUACGGUUAGUGUAAAUGAUGACAAGCCAAGGAGGAAACCACAGAGAAGAAAACCAAAGACGAAAUUAUCCGAAUGUUUUCCUCUCUACAUGCAAGAGGCAUUCUUUGGCAAAGAUCUUAUGGACACGACCAAAGACAAGGAACUGGAGAGUAGCAGUGAAUCGGAUAGCGAAAAAAAUGUAUCUGGAAACGCGGAUACCAUUCAGCUGUCUCAAGAUGAACUGAAAGCGAUGGAACAAGUUAAGGCCAAGCAGGAGAAGGAAGAAGAAAAAUUACCCGCAGAAACUCCCAUCAAGAGAGAAGAGGGUAUGGAAGACGAAGGUAGUGACACGGAAGCACUUGGAGAUAUCUUACCGAUUUCUGGUGAUUUGCUUGAUAGUGACCUUGUCAAUACUAUCAUGAAUGAACCAGAUGAAGACUUAGCUAAAGCUGGCGAGGCAUUAGAUGAAUUGGACGACACGCCAGGGACGACUAAAGAUGAACUGACGGAUAUUCUAAGUCCUCAUUUCAACCUAGAAUCGAUGGUUAGGGAUACAGGAUUACCUAAUAUGGAUAGCAAAGAUAUCGAAGAGAUAUUCAAAGGGGUUUUGACUGAUGAAUCUCAAGAGUCUCAAGAAUCAUCGGUGUUUUCUGUUCAAGCUCAAGCCCCUCACCCUUCAUCUUCUACAACACCUCUCGUGUCUCCUUCACCACACCCUGGCAUGCAAACAACCAUCCCUAUACCAAGGCCACAAGUACCUGGUACACUACCCUCUGUUGGCCAAUCUAACUUAAAUUCUCCUAUGAGUUUUCCACCACCAUCACCAUAUCAUUCGGAGUACAGCAAUAGCCCUCAGUUCAGUCCUGCCUUCUCGGAACCACCAAGUCCCUGGGUUAAUCCAGAUGACGAGGGUACCACACCGGCAGGCAAUACCACAAUCUCAUACAACCAAAGAAGUAAUCUUAAAAUGGAAGCCGAUGAAGCUUUAGGUACGGGGGCGACUAUAUCAUCUGUACUCUACGCAAAUAUCAAUCACCCAGAAUGGAAAACAGAGUAUCCAGCUUGGUCAGAAAGAUGCAAGCAAAUAUUGAAGAAAUGGCGUGCACUGCCCAACGACAAGAAAGCCCCAUAUCUAACACUCGCGCGAGACAAUAGAGCUGCGAUUCGUAUGAAAAAGACUCAACAGAUAUCCAAGGAUAUACCAAGCACGACCCCAGUCACUGCAACAAGUGCACCUACCAUCAUCACCAAACCUGUCACAACUAUGACAUCAGCUCAAGUUUCUUCAGUAGUAGCUAUGGCCUCCAACCAAAGGCAGAUCGGACUUUUGACUUCGGUGGGCAGUGAAAAGUCACAGGAUAAGAACGGAAUGACUGUGUCCGCGACAGGAGUGACAGUGUCGACAGCUAGCAGUAAUCAUCAUGCGGAGGAACAAGAGAGACUUUCCAAUAGAGAUCGUUCCACCAGAGAAGCUGAACAAGAACGCCAAUGGAAACAAUUACAAGCAUUGCGUCAACAGCAAGCGCAAAUGCAGCAGCAAGUUAUUCAUGAGCAACGUGUACAUGCUAUCGCCAGAGUUCACAGACAAAUAAGCGAAGACAAUACAACUCCAAUGAAUACUGACAAUACCGCAGGAUUGACAACACAAUUACAAGUCACCACUUCACAGGAUGGAAAUCAUAUGGGACCACUAGCGUCACCCUCUCCUGGAUCACGCAACACAUUUGCUGCCCCUCCUGUGAAAGUGACACGAGGACUAGCACCACAAAGUCCUCAUCAGGGUAUACCACGUUUACCUAACCAACCCUGCGCAGCAAUGACCCGUCCAGUUGGAACUGUGGUCAGGCCUGGGAUACCGAAUAAUUUUACGCAACCACCCUCACCGUUCUCGCCGCAAGCUCCACAAUCUCCCCAUGAUUUUCCGCAGUCUCCAGCUUCUUCGCAAUCACAAGAUCAUUUUCAACGUUUCGACAAUACCGAAGCUUUUUCCCAAGGAUCCCAAACACCCAGGUCACAAAUAUCCGGUACACCCACGUAUUCUACGUCUCCCAGAAGCGACGUAUUUUCUCAGCCCCCAGGUACACCGCGGCCUAUGUUUAAUGCCCCUACUACUCGUCCUACUACACAUGUAUAUGCACCAUCUCGUACACCUGAUCCCUACAGUAGUCAACCUCCUACGCCCUCUCCUGCCCCAAACUAUCCUUCGCCAAGACCAGAAUCAAGGCAAGAUUCGCAGCCGCCCGAGGUAUUCAAUCAACAGCCAGAAGUGAAUAGACAGUUGCGUGAUCUUCUCCAACGACAGCAGUUCAACAAGAAAAUGGAACCUGUGAAUCCUGCGUGGAAUCAAGACGGUCAGAACAACACUGAAAACAAUCCACAACAAUUUGAGGCAGCGCAUAUACAACUUCCUCAACAUUCUCAAGCAACAAAUAAUACUGGAGAGGGUACUUUCAGACAUCCUCUUCCUCCAGGUAUCGUUAGACCCAGGAUGCCUAUUCAGCCAAAUGUUCUGAUAAGAAAUCAAAUUGGAAUAAAUGCAAGACAUCCUGUAGCAGCGAACGUAGAUGCCAGGCUGCAAAGUAUAGAUCCACGAACUAGAAUGUUGCUGCAAAGACCACAAGUAGCGGCAGCAAUACCCCAGCAACACUUUCAAGGAAGUCAGACUUUGCAAACACGUAUGCCAGCUAUUAGGAGUCCUAUCGCUGAACCGUAUGAUGUCUUACAACAACAAAGGUUUCCAGAUCCUAAUCAAGGACAAAUUAUGGGGCCGCGCAUAGUGCGAGCACCGCAAGACAAUUUAAAUCAGGGAAUCAGAAUGUUAAGUACGCAAGGGAUGGUGAGAGCACCCCUUAUUCCAACAACAGUUGGCGAAGCUACUGUCAGUCCCUCCGAACCAUCUGAGAUUCCGGAUAAUGUGACUGCAGAGCUCGAGAAAUUGGAACAGGAGGGAGCACCGAUGGUCGAGGUCGAGGGCGUAAGUGCAAUAUUAGGUGACCUAGGCGAUGACGAUGACGAAUUGCUCGCUGAAAUGGGAGCGGACUUUAAUAUUUUGGAGUAUGCCGAUCCCGAAUUAGACAAUAUAACCGGUGGUGAAAAAACAAAUAUACUUGAUCUAGAUCUCGAGCAAGUCGAAGUAGAAACGAAAGAUGAAAAACAAAAAAAGGAGGUUAAGGAUGAGGUGCGGAAGUCGACAGACUUGGGCGCCACGAGUGCAGUGCAUAGUGACAUAAAUGAUAGUUGUACGACGACCACAGUACAGACACCGACGGAAACAUCCAAUGCCCCGACACAAGCGCCGAUUGUAGCACCUAUUACAGCAACAUCACAGACACCGCAGCAACCAUCCCCUAUUAUGCCCCAGUCGCAUGUGCAAGCUGUUAAUGUGCAACAACAAAUGCAUCAGCACGUACAGCAAGCCGCAGCAAUGGGCAGACCUAUGCCUCCGGGGACACGGUUGGUAUCGCCCGAUGGAGCAAUUGGCGUUGUUACGUCGACCAAUACGGUUACUGUCAGUUAUCCGUCCACAUUCCCUGGACAUCCUCAGAGACUACCGCAGACGCAUAUUCAAGUAUCUCAACAACAACGUCUAGGUAUGAGAGUAGCAGGCGUACCAAACGUGGCUGGUAGAGUGGUCGCUGUGAACCAUAUGAUCGGCCCGCGUAUGCCACUAGCGCCACCGCCGCCACCACCGCCGCCUCCAUAUCCUGGACCACCACCACCAUACCCUGGACCCAUACAGAUGGGGCUGUGCCCAGGUGGGCGGGGUAUGACGCGGCCCCCGGUCCAUAUAGGGCACCCAGUACCGGUGGCGGGCCCACCAAUGGCCCCUGUGGUACAUACUGGUACGCCCGCAAUGACACCUCACCCUCACCGAAGGCCCUUGCUUCUGCAGUCAUUAUCGCAGGAACAACCGCUGUUGCUGGAGGAACUAUUGGAACAAGAAAAACGUGAACAGGAGAAACAGCAGCAGCAACAACAACAACAACAACAGCAGCAGCAGCAGCAGCAGCAGCAACAACAACAGCAGCAACAAAGUGAUAAUGCAAGCUCUGGAGGAUCUCUUCUUAGUGACAGUGAGUUUGAAAGAUUUAAAGCAGACGUUUUGGGCUCUGCACCUCUUGCUUCUCCUCCACAAGGAAUUACAUCAGUACCUGGAGGAGUUCCUGUAAUUAGGCCACCUUGUACACCAAGACCACCAUCCGCUCCAGGUACCAGUUGGCAGCAACCAGUACCAGAUGCCUCAAAAUUAACAACCCAAGUGCCCAGGCAACCGAUAGCUACACAAACACCACCUGAACCGAGGGUUGCUACCUUUAACAUUUCUCAAAUACCCGCUCCGCCCACGCCCCCGGAGAAUAUCGUGAACGAACAGGACCGUCAAGCACAAGCGCAGUACGAACAGUGGCUGAACCAUCAACAUCAAGUGUUGACCCAGCAACUGAAGUAUUACGAAACUGAGGUACAAAAGCUGCGUAAAAUACGAAAAUCCCUCAAUAGUAAACAGCGUCAGCUGAGAAAAUCCGGGAACGAACUACCGGAGAACGAUGCGGCCGAACUUCAGCGUAUUUCCAGCGAGCAAGCAAUAUUACAGAAGCACCUCGACGCGAGUCGCAAGCAAACGCGGCAACACGGGAUGUUGAUACAAGAGUAUCAUAGCAAACAGCAACAGAGACAACCUCAACAGCAAACCAGCGAACCGUGUUCGCCUUUGAUGUCUCCGGCUCAGCAGUCACCGAUGCACAGUCCUGCGGCAGUCGUUUCUCAGAGCCCAGGCCCUGGAAAUGUCCCGACAAGUAUGAUACAGCAUUCACCGGUGACGCCCAUUAUACAGCACAGUCCAAAUCCACCGUUACUGCAGCACAGUCCUGGAAACCCACAAUCAGGAAAUCCAGGAACAAUGUCUCCUCAUAAUAUGCAACAAUCGCCUAGAAUUGGAACCCCACAUUCUCAGAGCGAAGAAAGUCCCUUCAGUCCGGGUGCGAUGCCUUCUCCAGGAAUGUGUGGUCCCACGGCCACUAGAAUGACGUCUCCUCAACAUCGUGCAAUUAUUACUGGAAGACUUGCAACAAGUCCAGGCGCGUUUACACCAGACAAUCGGAGCACACAGCAAAUCAUUGGGGAUCAAGGAGUCCGAGUACACGGCCUUACUCAACGUUUCGUCCGUCCACCUGCGGUAGGCGAACCUGGACAAAGACCUAGAAUGCAAUUACAAGGAGGAAUCGUCUAUGGACAACGUUCGCCGCUUGGAAGCCCCCAACCUACGCAGCAAACAUUAAUGAACCAGCAACACCAACAAAUGCUUCAACGGCAACAGAUCAUUCAACAGCACGAUAACGCUGGAAUCCUUCAAGAUGGGCAGAACACUAUAACACAGCGUACCCUGCAAAUGGCACAGCAAAGGCAACAAUUACUACAGCAACAGCAGCAGCAACAACAAAUCGUACAGCAACAGAGACAGCAGUUCUUACAGAUGCAACAGCAGCAGCAACAGCAGCAGCAACAACAGCAUAAUAUGCAGAAACCACCGAGUUCACCGAUGGUUUCUCAACCAGCUAAUUCUCCAAGUCCUCAGCUACAUCAACAGAUUCAACAAAAUUAUGGACAACCACCAAGUUCACCUAUGCCUCGAAGUCCAAUGGUUCAACAAACGAUGGGCUCGCCAAUGCUUCAGCAGCAGUUAAGUCAGACUUCGCAACCUCCGAGUCCAAUGAACACUAGAAUACAUAAUCAUCCACCUAACUCACCAAUGAUAUCGCAAUAUCAACCACCGAGUCCUAUGUCUCGUAAUCAUCCUUCGACAUCGCCAAUGCUACAACACCAAUUGAACAACACACAUCAUCCUCCAACGUCUCAACCACCCAGCUCUCCAAUGCCCAGAAGUCCGAUGGUUGGCGGAUCACCCAUGCAAAUGCAGAGAAGACAAUCUACUGGUAAUAGCCCAGCGAUGCCAGAUCGACCGCAAAGCGUCGAAAAUCCAGGGACCCCAAGAACACCACAUACUCCGCACGCACCACAUACACCGCACGGUUCGUAUACAACUCAGAGUUCAAACAACAUCCCGGUGUCAAAUGACCAACAACAACAGAUACAACAAUCUCAUCAACAUCAACAACAGUCAGUACAGCAAGACCAAGCUUCUUCGGCGGACCAUACAAACAGGGGCGGAGGAAAGCCGCAUAAUCCAAUGAAUCCAAUACCAUUCUUAAGUGGUUUCGGGCGAUUUGGAUACUUUAAGCUCGGUCUGAGAGGCGGUUCUCCUAUGUGGUCAACGAAAGCGGAGACCAGUAAAGGAAAAACGUCCGAGUCGCAUCUUUUAAACAUCGACGAGAAACCGAACACUUCCGUGGUGGUGCACAGAAAGACCGGCAUACCACAGUCGAAGAUUAAUUCGUUAGUCUGUGCUGAUUAUAAUGACUUUGACGAUGACUCGCAUACACCGCCACAGACACCACCAACUACCAUAGAAAGUAAACAGGCAACAUCGUUGUCUGAUAACGGGCCAUUAACCUUAGGUAGCCCAAGUAGCAAAAUGGAACCGAUCCCUGACACAACCGAUUACGACGACGAUAAGACUAUUGUAAACACCGAGGUAACGUUAAGUUCGACUGCGCAACGGGACAGCGACGAUAUCACAGUGAUAGAUCAGUUUGGUGAUUCAGAACUCGUUGACGUGAUAUCGGGAACGUUGGAAGGUGAUAUACAGGAAGAAUAUGUGCUAUUCGAGCCUGGGAUGGUUGUGGACUUAUCUGCAGACAGUAACGAUUCUCUCUGUCAUGCGUUGGUCAACGACGGUAGCCAAGGGCAUGAUUUAGUUCAAAUAUUAGAAAUUGAGAAUCCUGAAUCUCAGACAGAUGAGCCAAUACUUAGCGACGAGGACUUGGUGCCAUCUCACGCGAGAAAUAAGAAGGGCCUUAGGCUGGACAUAGUGAGGACGUUGCAAUCUGGAAAGAGGUUAGUCGCAGUUACAGACACACCUGAAUCACCUGAUCAGGAGGAGCUUCGUGUGGACCCCUCGCCUGGAUCAUACAUGGACCAAUCACCCGAACAAGAUCUCAUGGUGUCUUUCGUUAGUGAAUCUGAAGUAGUGAUUAUCGACCCUAGUACAAAGUCGCCGGAGGAUAAUUUAUCUAAAGAAUCGUGUACGGAGGAAGUGGAGAAAGCAGAUGGCAUUAGUGUUCCGGAAGCACCGAAGGAAAACGCCGUUCCGGAGCCGGUCACCGAAGAUCAAUCAAAAUCCCAGAAAGAAUCAAAGCAGAAUAGAAGUCCCACGUCGUUCGUGUUUUCUGAGAAAGUAUUAUAUAAUCAAAUCCCGCCAUCGAGUGUUCAUCAUGCGAACAUAGGCGACCUGUCUGCAAGCAAGCCGACAGUUUCCUUAUCUACUCUUGAAAGUACAAAUAUCAGUACCAGCAAUGUAAAUACAGCUACUACAUCUACCAGCGUCUUAGUAGCCACCGACUCGGCUGUUAAAACGACCCCAAUAUUUACAACCUUGAGCAUUACGAAAGACAUUGUGUCUACUUCUUUCAAUAAUAAGAAACAACUGCCAUCGACCAUGGCAAGCAUUGUCGCGGAUGCCAAAAUCGCGGCGAAGCUGAGCCAGACAGCUUUAGAAAACAUCACAAUUAGUUCGCAGAGCACGAUGAAGAUGGAGCCGUUGCCGAAAGUCGGUUCGCCAAAUCCGGAAGUUUCGAAACCUCUCGUGAUGUCAUCGGAGAAGUUGACAUUGUCGACUCCCAGUUUACAAAACGAAUACACCAGUUUCAUGCAAAACUCCGCUACGACCACGAUAGAGUCGUCAAGUAAUCCCACAAAAUUAGUUCUGAGUGUGCAACCAACAUCCGUCACGCUGUCAACACCAAAAAUGUCUAUACCUGAUCUUCCUAAAAGGGAAACCGGAAGUAACUCGGUGGCGAUGACAAAAGAAAAUCAAUUGGACGCUUUCGAUAAAACUCCCAAAGGUAAAAACGAGAAGGAUGAAACUGAUUAUUCGGGGAAGGGUUUAGAUGAGAACAGUACGGAUUCGUUGAGCAUGAACGUUAUUACCAGUUCAGCUGUAGCCCAGGAACCAACGUCGUCGGAUGACAAGAAAAACGAUCCGUUGAACACCACGGAUGAAUUAGAGAGCAUGCUAGAAGCGAUUCAUAAUCCUGCCGAAAAUACCAUAAGCAGAGAGAAUACCCGUGCAGACAGUAAAACAGAUGCUGUCUCGUUUAAGAGGAUAUCACCCGUGACGGACGAUUUAUCAUUGGUAAAUAUUUUAGAAAAUGACGCAGAGCCUGUUGAGAAUGAAAACAAGGAUGAGACUGUGACAACUUCCGAAGCUCAGAGGAUCAAUAAUAAGCCAAAGGAAAUUGAAACUAGUAUAGCAGACACCAGUUCGUUGAGUGUACCUCAGAAAGAAAAGAAACACGACGAAUUGUGUGCAGACAUUGAAACGAACAAAUCGUACGUGCAACACUGUUUGAAUGAAGAGAAGGGUAUGAUGGACGAGUCGUCCGACGAUAUAUUGGACAUGCUGCAUAAUAUCAUAUCGUCCAAGCCAGAAAUGGCGAACAGUGACAUACUUCAGGAGGAUAGGUCCAGAAAGACAAGUAUGAUGUAUGAAUUACCAACACCGUUGGACACGUUGCCUUUGAACAUUCUCCAGGAUUCUUUAAUGGAUCUGGAGCAAGAGCAUUCGGACAAUGAACAUCUGUUGUCGAAUGAAAGCAAAGGACCAAAACCACGGAAAGCAACUUCACCACCUGUAGAACCCACGCCUAAGAAGAGCUCUCCCAUUCCUCAUCAGAGCACUCCUAUGGUAGUGAGCACAAUAGCCCAGUUGCAGAAAUGCACAACAACGGUACCUCAUCUUUCCCCGCUGUCAAAACCCACCGAACUGACGUCGAACGUUGCCAACGUUUCGCACCAGCUGAGAACGUUGCUCUCCUCUCUGCAAACAAACCACUCGCAAAAUUGUACAUCUGUGAAUCAAUCCGCCAUGGUUACGAUGGUGUCGUCGUCGCUCACGGGCCCAAAAAUAGGAAAUCUACUGUCGACUACGUGCGCGUCCACGCCAAAUUCUGUAAAUAAUCUGCACAGCAACGCGAACCUUCGUAUGCAGACGUCCAUGACCACAUCACACGCGACGACGCCGAGUAAAGCUGAUUUAGAGACCACCACGACUAGUUAUACGCCACAUACAAAAGAUAGUACAAAUUCUACAGUAAGCAUUGUUUCUACUUUAUGCAAAGUCACGCCUUCGGAUCCAUUUUUACGCGUAACCGCCAGCGGGAUACAGUCGCAACCUAGCAGUAGCCUUUCUUUACCAACGUCAUCUGUGAUCACCCCCAGACCGCCGACCAAUUCCGGGAUUUCGAUCACUUCGAACGCAAUGCUGAACGCCAUGUUGGCUGGCACGAAUUCAGCGAAACCCACCAUUGCUGGCCAUCGAACGAACACCGCUCCGACCCAAGCGAGCAAUUUACUGAGCUCCGUGAUGGCGACCUCGGUGCAACGUACGCAGAGUCUUCAAGCGAUACUGCAAGUGAAUUCAGGAGUUUCUUCGGCCCCUUCGCGUGUCGUUGUCAACGCUACGUCCACCACAGUUACAACGUCCAUGCAGUGUGUCAGAACGAUCGUGCCACCUAUAGUUACAUCAAGCACCAAUAACAUCAAUGUUACCACCAGUAUACUGCAGUCCACUUUGUCGCAAACUCCAACUCUCUUACACUCUCAGCUCACAUCUGGACAGAAUCAAUACAAGUCAACGGGUCAUUUAUCAACAGAGAAGAAUACCGACCUUGAGAGAUUGGCUCAGAGUACACCCCUGAAAAAAGACCAAGAAGAAACAAACUGCAAACCACAAUCUAUGCUUGACAAACCACCGACAACUAGGCCAGAAUUAGAUAUGAACAAAAGCACCACUGGUUCGCACAGAAUGGAGGAGUCGCAGAAUGUACUGUUGAAGCAAUUGCUGCAAAACACCGCGUGUGCAACAACGACUCUGUCUUCCGGUUCUUCACAAGGCCCCAGUUUGCCACUGGUACCGUCGCUAGAGGCACAACUGGCGAGACCUGUGCCGCCUACACCAUUCUCCGUCUUACCACCUCUACUGAACGAAGUACCGGCACCUAAGACCGUGACCAGUAAACAAGUUCUCACCAGGGAAACGUCGUUUCUAUCGCAGUCGGUAACACCAUUGAAGGUACAAAGUCCCCCGACCAAAGAGGAACCGCCGAAACCACCGCCGCCGACACCAGCACCGGUUUUAUCGCAACAACGGAUGGUAGACAACUUUCCCAAGCAGCAAGUAACAACGCAACAGCCUGCGAAGACCACUCCGAUCUCGACUCAAGGGAAUCAACAAUCAACGACCACGGUUACAAAACAAGUAUCAACGCUCAUAGCGAAACCCCCGGACACGACGACCCCUGUAAAGCAAGAAUGCGUCGGUACACAACCACAAGCGAAACCCACGAGUGACUCUAUUAUCAAUAACACCGUACCAAUCCCGCAACAAUGUGUAUCAGCACCUGUGGCUGUCCAGCGGGUCGUGCCACAGGUAAAGCCCGUAACCACAACAGCAGCUUGUAAAAACAUGCAAUCCACGACGCAACAAGCAUCGAGUGCCACACAAGUGACACAGACAUCGACGACAACCACUACCCAGCCUCAAAUGCAACCUCAGCCCCAGAUACCAGUCACCCCGAAACCGCCCAUUGUCUCGACACAACCAUCAUCCCCGCAUCUAAACACAAUACCGCCAUCAGUGCCUCAUACGGUGUCUCAUACUGUGGGUCACCAAGCCCAGGCGUCACAGGGUGCAAAUGCACAACACACAGUGCCUUUAGUGGAAGUCAAAAAGGAAGUUCUUGAUGAAGUUCUAUCUAGCGGUACACCUACCCAAUUAACCGAUACCAAAGACUUUCUUACUGCCAAAGAGGAGCUUAUCGAUGGAUCGAUUGACGACAAAACUGAUCUCAAGAAGUUAAAGAGGCGACAGUAUCAACAGAAACGGAAACAAAGCCAGGGAAAGGACGCGGCGACAGCGCCUCAGAAGAAACGGGCUAGAAAAGUGUCCCGUUUAGACGAGGAUUACGACACGUUCAUUGACAAUUUAAUGACACAAUUGCGACAGCUUCAACCAAUGGCAGUAUUAGAACCCCUUCUAGGCAAGAAUUACGGCGUGUGCCCCAUCUUUGGCUCUGGCGACUUGAUGAAAAUCGGAAGUCAAAAGGACUACAACACCAGGACAGGAGACUUAGCAGGUUCAUACGGAUCGGCCACGUUGCCGGGUGUCUCUGAUCACUAUAACACGCAGCCGUUCGGUGAAUUAGAAUCGUUACCACCUCAACAACCUGCUUCUACUCAGAGAGGAUUUUACGAUCAAGAGUUUCCACCUCUCAAAUUGGACGAUUCUGAUGAGAAGAAAGAGAAUUCUCUGUCAGCGAAUCGCGAUGUCGAUUCUCCUGAUACAAUUGUCAGUUCAUCUUCACCUGAAUGCGUUAUUCCGGAAUUCAUACACCGAUUUCCUGGUUUGAGACUGAUCGAGGAAGAAUCGGACGAGGAGUCGGAUUGGUUGAAACGAGUGUCGCCCGUAAUACCUUUAAUUUCGCCGAUACCGAUCAGACUGAAACCGGCAUACGCCAAGGAUACGGCUAAGCAAGAUAAGGAGAAUUUAGGAAUACCAAGACUGGGAAAAUCACCUCCAAUACCUCUGAGGGACGGUAACGUAACAGUUACAUUGACCUUGAAUAGUCAAGCUGCAGACGACAUAAUGGGAGUACUUAAGGAUUUGGCUAAUAUUUUAAACAUAGCUCCUCCCACUGGUUACCAGAUAGUAGAACGUACCACUACUCCCCCUAGUCAGAAAUUAGGUCUUUAUAGAACCAAGGGAAAAGAUGGUAAAGAGGGAGCUCCGAUUGAUAUACAAAGUAUUUUGAAUGGCGCUGCGAAAUUCUGUCGCCAUUGCGAGGUUGUGAUAUUGAAUAGUUUAAUAAGGAAAAAAGUAUCAGACUUACCAUUCUUAAGUAAGGAGGAAGCGGAGCCUGGUGACGAAUUAUGUUUCUGUUCAGCCGCCUGUUACAUGCAGUUCGCUCUUAUGCAUAGAACACCAUCAAAUACUCAAUAUAAGGCUGCAACCAUAGUAGAUCACUUGUGUCACAAAGUAGAAAAUAAGAUAUUGGAUGACGAUUUCAAAAAAGGAAAGAAAUUCGUGGUUAAGCAAUCGGUCGACCCUGUUGAAAACAUGGAGGUUGAUCAGCCAGAGAGGGAAUCUGAGGUGAAGGUGAAAACGGAGAAGGAAGACCAGGACAUACCAGAACUGAAAGAUGAGCUGAUGGAGGAAAAACGGCCAAAGAAACAUCCGGCUGCUGAAGAACAGUCGAACGAUUCGAUCGAGGCGACGCAACCACCUGCGAAACUAUGGAGAGGCUUGCGAUAUAAAACCUGGUCCAUUGGCUCGAUGCAACCUUCUACGAAGUAUAAGAAACCCACCGACAAAGAAAUCACAGAGAUGCUUUUCCGUAUGGGUGUCACAGUGGUACCCGCCAAAGCGGAAGACAGUCGACGAUGCAUGUUUUGCCACAGUCAAGGUGACGGUACAGCCGACGGCCCUGCUAGACUACUUAAUUUUGACGUCGACAAAUGGGUGCACUUGAAUUGUGCCCUAUGGUCGGAAGAUGUGUAUGAAACUGUAAAUGGUGCCUUGAUGAAUCUCGAUACUGCUUUGCAACAUAGUCUUGUAUUAAAUUGUAUUGUUUGCGAGAAACCGGGAGCUACCGUAAAAUGCUUUAAAAUGCGCUGCACCAACGUGUACCACCUUGGCUGCGCUGUCAAAGAUGGCUGUGUUUUUUAUAAGAAUAAGAGUACCUAUUGUUCUCAACACGUGCAAAAGAAUGAGAAGGACAAUGAACUGACGACGCUAUCCGUGUACAGAAGAGUUUACGUCAAUCGUGACGAAAACAGACAAGUCGCAGCUGUGAUGCAUCAUUCGGAACACAAUCACCUUCUGAGAGUCGGUAGCCUGAUAUUCUUGAGCGUUGGUCAGCUACUUCCGCAUCAGCUUGCCAACUUUCACACACCGCACUACAUAUACCCGGUCGGAUACAAGAUCGUUCGAUUUUAUUGGAGCAUGAGACGGCCGAACAAACGGUGCCGGUACGUCUGUUCUAUCCACGAUGUCUCCGGACGGCCCGAAUUCCGCGUACUGGUACAAGAACCGCUCCAAGAGGAUGUGGAAUUACGGGACGCCACGCCUCGCGCUGUUUGGAGCCGAAUCCUUGAACCACUCGCCGAGCUACGAAGAUCCACCCACAGUGUCCAGCUGUUCCCACGCUACGUCUCCGGCGAGGAUCUGUUCGGACUGACUGAGCCGGCGGUCGUUCGUGUUCUCGAAAGUCUUCCAGGCAUCGAAACCUUGACCGAUUACAGAUUUAAAUACGGUCGGAACCCCCUGUUAGAAUUACCGUUAGCAAUCAAUCCCACCGGCAGCGCGAGGACCGAGGCUCGUCUACGGAAUCAACUUCCUUGGAAGAGGCCGCAUACACAGCGCACAGGAUCGUCGGCCCGGGCCACGUUCGUCCCAACCGCGACCGUCGCGGGCGAGGUGGCCUGCCCCUAUUCAAAACAAUUCGUUCACUCCAUCAAAAAAAUGAAGCAAGAAUGGCGCAAUAACGUUUACCUGGCCCGCUCGAAAAUCCAAGGCCUAGGACUCUAUGCUGCGCGCGACUUGGAGAAACACACUAUGGUCAUUGAGUACAUCGGGGAGAUCAUUCGUACCGAGCUGGCUGAAACUAGGGAGAAGCAGUACGAAGCAAGGAAUCGUGGUAUUUAUAUGUUCCGGCUAGACGAAGAGAGAGUGGUGGAUGCGACAUUGUGUGGAGGCCUCGCGAGGUACAUCAACCACUCUUGUAACCCGAAUUGUGUCGCAGAAAUCGUUGAGGUCGAACGUGAUCUUAGAAUCAUAAUCUUUGCGAAGCGAAGAAUCUCACGUGGCGAAGAGCUGGCAUACGAUUAUAAAUUCGACAUUGAAGAUGACCAGCACAAGAUAGCAUGCGCAUGUGGCGCGCCUAACUGCCGCAAGUGGAUGAACUAA